GUAUGGCGGAAUGCGAGAGUGAUUUGGAAACAGAAGGGCUUGAAUUAGCUCUGGACACAUUGUGUGGAAGACACUGCAGCAACCAGUUGUCUCUGAAGAGCAAAGACUAUUGCUCUGAGUUUUGUGAGUUGGUUGAGGAGUACACGGGGCAAUGGCAGGUUCCUCUCCCUCAGCUAAAGUUGCUGCGGACUGCACUCUGCAGCUUCACCAAAGCCACUGCUGCCUUCCCUGAGGACUGUCAGCACGUCCACUAUGUUCUCAGCAGUAUGGCCUUGAGCUUUUUUGAACUGAUGCUGUUUUUCAGCAAAGAAGAAUUUGUGGAAGAGCCUUUAAAAGACAUCCUUGACUGCUUUCAGCAGUGCCACUGUCAGCUCCUGAGGCACAGGAACAGCUACCUUCAGCAUGUAAAGCUCAUCAUCAAAGCCGGAGGCCCGUGGGAAAACCCAGUGCUGCAAGGAAUCCUGAAGGAGGCCCACCUUCCACCAAAACAGGUUGAGGACUACUUAAGCUCAGAGCUGGCAGUAUUCUUUGAGCUGCGGAUUCGCUACCUGCUGGCCUGUGAACGAAUGCAAGAGGCCAUGGCUCUGGCUAAAAGCUGCCUGGAAAAUCUCGAGGCUGGAAAGCAUCUGUACUUCCAUCAGGCCUACCUGACCUGCCUCUACAAGGCCUCACUGCACGAGCACCUUCACAAGGAGAUGGCGGAGAUAGAUGGCCGCGAUGCAGUGGAAAUCAUCUGCAACACAGAGAGCAUGGAGAAAGACGAGCUCCUGUUGUCGCUGUGUAAAGCUUUCCUUACCCAGCAGCUACACAAUGGAGACAUGUACUACAUCUGGGACCUGGUGUUCAUCUGGAGCAGGUUGCAUCUCCGGGCCCAUCUCUCCAGACAUGGCUUUCUGGCUGAGUGCUUGCAGUUAGCUUCUUCCGCUACUAACGUCAGAGCCAUCUUCCCCUUCAUCAAACUGGUCACAACAGAGCUGGGAGUGGAAAGCGUCCAGGUGUGUGUGGAGCUUUGUGCCAGGGCCCUGCGGCUGGCUGACAUGCAGGCUGACAGUGUGACCCGCUCUCUUGCCUGCAAGACCAUCGCCUUCCUGCUGCCUCACGACCUGGAGAUCUGUCGAGCGUGCGCCCUGCUGGUGUUCUGCCAGGAGCGCAGCCUGGAAGCUUACCGAACUGUCUGCCUGCUUUACAAUCAUCCCGACCAGGAGCCGCAUCCCCAAAACAGCCCGGUCCGGACCAGCGUGCGAUUCCAUAUCCUGCAGAUGCUCAAGGCGCGCCUGUGUUUCGACCCGGAGUUUUGGAACCUCCUGACCAUCAGGACUCAUUGCUUGGAGUUGAUAAGUGACAACGUCAUGAAGGCUGCUGUUCUCAGUGAGAUGAAGGAGGAAGAAGAGGAGGAAAAAAGGGAAGAGUUGUUCAUAAAUAAGUGUAUAAACCAAUCAUGCAGUCCAGGUUUGAAUCCCUGUCGGUGCACUGAGGCCGCAGAGACUGCUGUUGUGAGCCGAGACCUCCCAGAGGUGCAGGCUGUGGCUGAAGAGACAGAAAAGUGUGUGGCCCCGUCAAAUAAUAAUCUUCUGAAGAGGAGAAAAUGGAAAAAAAAGAUUGGAAGGAGAAACCGAUCGUUGUCUGACGAUGAACCCGAAAUUGUAGAUGAUCCAGAGUUCAAAUACAAACUCAAACUCACCUCUUUAGGCAAUAAAACGAUGUAUUCACUAAGACGCAAUCACAUUAAAACGGAAAAUUCAGCUUCCGUAAAAGUCCCUCUAAAACCCAAGAGGGAGUAUCUUGCUAGGUGUGUGAAGAGCCAAAUUCUGAAAAGGAAGGGUCGGAAGAAGCGAUGGUUGCAGGGUCUCCCGAGGCUGGACCAGUUGCAGACGGUUAAAAAGACCACGGUCAAAGUUAAGGAGAAGGUCAUAUACAAAGGGAAAAGGCGUGGGCGGAAGCCCUUACAGAAAGUGGAACUCUCAUACCCUGAUAAUGAAAUAUCCCGUAGAGAGGAAGAGUCUGGUUUUGAGGAGAUAACUGACACGGAAGACAAAGAGCCGGGCAUGCCUCACCUGGAGAAUGAACUUGAUCAAACGAGCAAACAGGAAGAGAAUCAAUUUGAGCAGAUGGAUGACCUCCAGAGGGAAAAUGGACUUGAGAAACUUCCAGACUCGGACUGUAAAAGCAUUCUCCAUGAACACACCCAAAAGGAAUCUCAAACCCAGCUUUGUCUUCCUGUUGGACCUCAAGCUGCUGCUCCGGCUGUUGAAGCCGAUCCUGAGCUCGAUGGUCCUCCCUUAUACUUCAAAUAUUGUCCAAUAGAAGCGUUACACAGCUACUCUCUAAAAUCCAAAAAGCCUGAUGAGGAGAAACCCCCAAAAUCCUCGGCACUGGACGAGGUUAAUGGCAAUACAGAAGAGGAGCCAAAACCCAAGGAGGAAACGGACACUGAGGUGAAAUCCAAGAGGUCAUGGAAGGACCAGAUGAUGCGUUCUCAACAAUAUGCCCACUUGAUGUACCACUGCAACAUUUGCCACAAGGACUAUAAAGGCUUGAAUGUCAUGAGACAUGCUCUCUCGCACCUUAAGAGUAGGAAACUCAAAUGUAUACUCUGUGGAAAACGCUUUAAGCAGCUCCCCUUUGCCAAAAAGCAUGUCAUGGACCACAUUGAUGAAAUGUCCAAACAGAAGAAGCAAUGCACUGAGGACGCUCCUGCUGCUAAUGGUGUAGCAGAUCAUGUGGACAAUCAGCAUCAGGAUACAAACACUACUUCCAUUUCCAAUGAGGAAACUCCUGAACCCAAACCCGCGGGGAAAUAUAAAGUGUCAAGCCUCAAAAGGGAAGAUCGAAUCAUCAGGAACCUGCGCACCCUCAUCAAAAAGACAGCUGUGCUUCACAAGAAGUGCAAAAACCCUGACGCUAAUAUAUACAGGCAGGUAGACUUCAAGGACGAGCAGGUAGUCAUUCAAGAUGGCCUGGUGAUCGUGAAGGACCCCCUUGUGGUGGGGAGGGAGAGGGUGGGAGAGGAGGAGAAUGGCUUCAGUGUGGACAUCACGUACCAACUGUGUCCCUCAGAGACCUGUGACAGAGUCUUCCUGAGGGUCAGCAGCACACUAACCAAGCACGCCAUCAAAUGCCAUAUCAGCGAAGAGAAGGUGCUGGAGAAGACCUUUGUGUGGGCCAAACAAAAGUGCUCCAUAUGCCUCAGGCAGAUCCAGUUUGUGCAGCACUAUAAAGACCACAUGAAGCUCCACGACACCACGCUGCUGCACUUCUGCUACCAUCAGGGCUGUGAGCAGCGCUUCCCUUCACAGCAGGAACUAAAGAACCACGUCAUCACCCAUAAGCCCUUCACACCUCAAUGUCCAUUCUCAGACUGCGAGAAGCUGUUCUCAAGCAUUACAGGGCUCCAUGAGCACGAAUGGAGACACUACAUCCCAGCGCCUCAGAAAGAUGAGCUGGAGAUGGGACACGGCAGACAGAUGCAGCAAAGUGCUGAAGCCCCCUGGAAGCAGAGGGUGAAAGUAGAGGAGCUGUGGCUGCAGAGUAAAAAGGGGCAGAGGGAGGAGGAGGCCUCUAAUGUCGAGGGUUCCAGAGAAAUUCAAACUGAAGGUCAGCACUGUAAAACUAACUUCCCAGACGGCUAUCAGCCGGAUAACUGCCCAGAGAAAACAGUCAGUCAUGAGCCUAUGUGCAACACUAAAUCCACCAUCAACGGACAUGAGCAGGGGACGAGGAGGACAGAAGGAAAGAAGUCCACUGGUUCUGGUGGAGCCACUCCAAAGAAAAGCCGUCGGAAAAGAGUGCCCUCCGAGGUGGACGCGUUGAACGUCAAAGACCUGGAGGACUUGACCACUUUGUCCGAGGGAGUCCAGCAGGCAAUAGGAGAGCCGCACAUCACCGAGCACAAAACGUUCAAACCAGAAGACUCCGCCACUUCCGUCAAAGCCCCCUUCAUCCGGCCGCCGCCCUCCACCUACCUGGAUGAAGCCCGGCUCUCCAUGCGCAAGAGGAGGGCCCCCAAAGAGGUCGCUACGAAGAAGAACACCUACUGGAAAAAUAAGGAGGAGCAGUUGGAGGAGGAGGUUCAGAAGGUCAGGCAGCGCUGCGACAAAUGUCUCUCCUCUUUCAGCAGCGUGGAGGAACUCCAGAAACACCAAGCCCUCAACACCUGCUCCGCACUCUUUGGCUUCGACUCAGACGAUGAAAGUAAGUAGGCUGG